GGCAGCUAAGACUGCUCUCCAUUCACACUAUUUGUGGGAGUGUGUGUACGAUAUAGGUGUGUAAAACCGUGUUUAUGUGUGUUUUUCGAUGCUGUGGGUGACCCAUUUUGUGACCUUGCAACCUUUGUAUUGAUGACGGGCACCAUGAUGCGGAGGAUGGACACAAGGGAGACAGAGAUUGACUUGAGAGACACAGGGGAUGGUGAGGAUGAUGAGGGACAACAGGCAUGGAAGACACAGCUGGAAACCGUCCUGGAGGAAGAGGAGGAGGAAGAUGUCAUCUCUACGCAAAGUGACACCAGGCCUCUCAUCAAUGAAAGGGAUCCAAGACAAAUAAAUGAGUGUCUAAAGGUGAGUUUUGAGGAUGUGAUAGCAGAACCAGUGUCAGUGCGCAGUGGGGAUCGGUUGUGGAUCUGGAGUCAUGCUCUUUUCGAGGUGUCCAGGGUCUGGUUUUACCGUAUCAUCACAGCUCUUUUGGCUGUUCCUGUGUCCCUCAUUGCUGGAAUUCUUUUUGCCAUUCUCAGCUUCAUUCACAUCUGGUUCUUCACACCAUGUGUACAGGUGAUUUUGAUUAACACUGUUUGGUUGCAGACAUUAUGGAGCAACGUAUUGGGCAUCUUCAUCCUACCCUUCUUCCAAAGCGUCACCAAGUGCUGCAGUGGUAUUAGUGUUCUUCUAACACGGGAAUGAGAAAUGUUCACUGGAAUCAAUUCUAGUGGAAAUUUCAGAACAACAGAUUAUGGUCUGAUGCCUGGACUAUCAGACAGGAUGUGUGGUUUCUAAAAGAUUUCUUGUGGCCGCUUGACUCCUGGUCCAUGUUAUAGGGGACCUUGCCAAACGAUGAGCAUGGUAAAUGUUAACUCUGUCAAAGACGGAGAACAAAUGGAUUUUCUUAGCAUGAGUUUGCAUAAGUAUGAAAGUAUUUUAAAAGGAAUAGCUCACCCCAAAAUGAAAAUAAUUUACUCGCCCUCUUGUCGUUCCAAACCCUUAUAAACUGGAGAACAAAAGGAGAUGUUAAGCAGAAUAUUGAUGCUGCUCUUUUCCAUUCAGUAGGGGUGGAUGCUGUCAAGCUCUAAAAAUGUCAAGAAAGCACAAUUAAAGUAUCAUAAAAUUAGUGCAUAUGCUAUAUUUCAAGUCUUUUGAUGCAAUAUGGUAGCUUUGUGUGAGAAGCAGAUGGAAAAUUAAGUCUUUGUCGCAGCUCUCAAAUCAAAUUUACUGCAUUAUUAAACUUGACAUGUCAAGAUUGGUUGCGAGACACGCAACAACCAAUGUCAUUUGGCAUUACAAUUUCAAUACAGUUUUAAACUCUUCCUCACACAAAGCUCAUUUGCCUUCAGAAGACUUUAGUAUAUAUUACAUUUAUAUUUUUGUUAUUUUGGAAUGAAAUUGGGGUGAGUAAAUGAUGACAGAAUUUUCAUUAUUAGGAGAAAGGAUCCUUUAAACAGCAAAGAAGUGUUUUGUUCAGAUGUUAUCUUUUACCUAUAAGGCUGGACUUCCUUUUCUACAACCGUUGGGUGUUCCAAUUUCUCCCAUUCAUUUUAAUUGAAGUGGCCCGUCUCUGCUAAAUAGUCUCUGUUUUCGAUACAGUGAUCACCUGUCAAUCAACUUAAGAAUGAGCAUGCGUAUUAUCUGAACCAGCCUGAAAAAUAGCGUUGUUUUAGAGUGACCUGAGCUAAAGAAGCACAAUGUAUGAUGCCAGUGUUGUCAGAUUUUACUGCUGAUUUGAAAUAUGUUCUUUAGUCGUAAUCUUGACCAACCGUUUUGGAGAUUUCAGUCUUUCCCCAUUCAAGUAGGUAGCUCUGUAUUUUUAUACUGCCUUCAUGUGCUAUCGGAAUUAUCCUAAAUACGAGUUUCCCACUCUGAAUUUGCACAUGAACUACCCUUCAAGACUGGGAAAUGUGGAGAUAAUUUUGAUACCAGAGUUUCCCAGUUGGGGAGAGACGUAAACUUUCACCAUGGCGGAGGAGAGUACAGUUUCUGUAGUGAAUGACAGGUUUUAUUAAUUUUUCUAAAUACAGCUAAUUGUUAGCGCUUGCUUUUUCGGUCAUAUUCAUUUAUGUAUAUCAGUAACCAUUUGAUAGAUUUUUGGUACAUUUUUACACUGUAAAAAUAUAUUGUAUUUGACCAAAAUUCCAUUAUUGUCAGCAAGCUAAUUGAAUAGUAUUAUGGUGUCAAAAUAAAAGUUCCUCAAGAAAUAUG